AUGGACAACGAUAUGGACAACACGGACGACACGUGCGACACGUACGACACGGACGACACGUACGACAUGGACGACAUGGACGACUCGGACGACUCGGACGACACGUACGACACAGACGACGAUGAAGUCCUUCGGAUAGCCAUGCUCAACGCGCUCAACGACGAAAAGAAUUAUCAGGUUCAUGUAGAGCCACGGAACCUAGACUUACAUCACGCGAGAAUUGCUUACAAUGUUCUGCUCAGAUGCAAGUCCAUUCAUCCUGAGCUUGACUUAGACAUGGAGGAAUUCUUCUCCGCCGCAAUGGAUGUCUGCCAAGGCUUGAUAACUUUUCAUUCAUUUGCCGACGACCAUUGCCGGAUCCUGGCUAUCGCUUGUGAUAUGUUCUACCGCCUAGACGGAAGCGUUAAUGAUCGAUGGGGCCCGUCUAAAUUACCCGUCCGCUUUGCCGAGAUUUGGGACAAAUUUCCCAGAAAAGAAGACGAUGGAGACUCACAGCUAGAUCUCAUCGGCUGGGAGAAAAUAAAUUCAUUUCUCUCACAUCUUGUGGGCCGUGGAUAUGACGAUGGCCUAUACCUGGGCCUCUCAGAGGUCCGGAGAGCAUUGGAACAGCCUGUGGUAAAAGGGUCUCCUAUCUUAAUGCGCUACCGAAUGGAGGUAGCCUUGGAGUGGAUAACAAAUUGCGGCGACCUUUUCUUGGAGGCAAUGACCGAUUCGGAGGACAGCGACGACCUGAGCUUGCAUCAGUGGGAACUUUGGAUGAAGCAGCUCGCCGAGCUCGAAGCGAGUCCUAACUGGGACUACGAAAUUACACAGCUUGAUGCGGGCACCGUCCAAACGGGAGAAGCAGAAAUUAUCGCUGGAACAUGCUAUCAAGGAACAACUGGAAAUCCCGUGUUGAACACGCUUGAUGGCGGCCUCCGACGUCCAGUAACUGCAAAUAUACGGGAUUUACGAGAUGCCAAAAUCGCCGACAAUAUUCUUGGCUAUAGGCAUGCUAAGCCUAAAUGUAGUAUGAGUCUAGGUGACUUCUUUUCGGCCAUAUAUGACAUUUGCUUCUAUUUUCCACCUAGCGACGACAGGUUGUGGACGGGAGCAUGGCUUCGAGGAGAUCCCUUCAUGGACUGUCGACUUCGGGUAGCGGUUGAGUGGAUUAUCAACUGCGGUGACAUUCUGUUCAUGGAACUGAACCUUGUCGGCCUGAAUACCCAGAGUUGGGCCCGGGGUUGGAGCGGUGGGAACUCUGGAGGAAGCGGCUGGCUGAGUUUGUUCAGUCAGAGAGUCUUGGCCUUGAUGAUAAGGCUAAGAAACAUGCGGCUGCUGCACUGCACUUGCACCCUAUGA